UCGGGGGACUAGAAAAUGACGCCCAGAAGAACAAAAGAUUUCACCCUGGCUUCCAGGCUUUGGGCUUCGUUGAUGGCUCUCCCCUAUGUCCUUGCACACUGUCAUAAAGAGCGCCGAACUCCAGAUAGGGGAGGCCGAGCGCACACCGUGAGUCUGCGGACCGCCCCAGCGAUGCGCGGCGGCAGAGCCCAGCCCGCAGGGAACGCGCACGGAGGAGGAGGCGGCGGGCCGCGUAUUCUGCGCACGCGCGGCCGCCCAAGCCAGCCGGCGGGCCUUGAGGGGGCGGGGCGUGCGUGGCUGCUGCAGGCCGCGGGGCCUCGCGUGUCCCCGUCCUCACCGCCCGUCGUCUCACGCGAGAUGCUGCUUCUGGCGUUGGGCGGCCCGCGGGCGGCCGGACUGCGGCUCGGCGGGCAGAGGACAGCGUCGUGGGCGCGCGCCGCGCUCCGGGGCCCCGGGGCGGCCGUCUCGCGGGCGGCCUCCCGCAGCAGCUCGGCGGGGCCGGUGGGCGGCGGCAGCGCGGGGCCGCGGGGAGCCGCGCCGCUGCUCCGGCGUCCCGUGCCAGCGCAGAUACCUGUUUGUUGGGAAAGAUGUGUUCAAUGCUUACAUACACAACUUGAAAAAUCAGAAGAUGGAAGGCUGAUUUAUACUGGGAAUCUGGCCCGAACAGUAUUUGGUGUGAAAUGUUUCUCUUAUUCUACAAGUUUGAUCAGCCUUGCGUUUCUACCAUAUAUUUUUGCACAAAAUAAUAUUAUAUUUGGAAGUCUGCCUUUGCAAAUCUUAUUUUAUGGCAUCAUAGGAAGUUUCACAGUGAUCACUCCAGUCCUGCUUCACUUUAUCACAAAAGGCUACGUUGUUCGGUUGUACCACGAGGCCACAACAGACACUUAUAAAGCCAUUACUUAUAAUGUUGUGCUGUCAGAAACAAGUACAGUGUUUCACCAGAAUGAUGUGAAGAUUCCAGACAGCACACAUGUGUUUACCACGUUUUAUGCUAAAACAAAAUCCCUGCUGGUUAAUCCAGUGCUGUUUGCAAACCCCGAAGACUAUAACCAUCUAAUGGGUUAUGACAAACCGUUCACUUUUGACAUGGAAGAAGCCGGUGAAAAGAAACAGCUUCAAGAUGAGAAAUGAGUCUGCUGUUUUUAUGUUUGUGCUUAAAUGCAAUUUAUGUUUCAAUAUAUAAUAAUAAAAUUGCCUUUACUUUUGUUUUCUGUCAGUGACUGUUAAAAGUAAUUUGAAACAGUGUCAAACAGAACUUUUAACUUUCAGAGAAUUAUGUUUCUUUAUAAUAAAACAAGCUAUGUUUGAAAAACAAAA